AUGGUGCUCAAUGCUGUUGUUCAAACCGAAGAUGUGGAUGUUUUGAAACGUUUCUGGGAACUUGAAGCUGAACCAAAGCUUAACAAGCAACAACUAUUGACUCAGGAGGAACAAGCUUGCGAGGACCACUUUCAAGCCACCACACGCAGAGAUGAGACGGGUCGCUAUAUAGUCGAGCUGCCGUUUCGUUGCCCAGAUCCUCCCUGUAAGUUUGGGAACUCCAGAAAUAUUGCAAUGAAGAGACUCUUCAGCCUGGAACGCAAAUUAAGUAAAGAUGUCAACGCCAGAGAGCAAUAUACUGAAGUGCUGAAAGAGUAUGUGUCCCUUAACCAUAUGGAAAGGAUAUCAGAAGAGUCAGAAAAGGAGAAAGAAGAUGCAGUAUGGUUACCUCACCAUGCCGUUAUCAGAAUGGAUAAAACCACAACGAAAACUAGGGUUGUAUUUAACGCCUCUUCGAAAGGGACUAAUGGAGUAUCGUUAAACGAUACUCUGAUGGUUGGGCCAACGCUGCAACCUGAUCUUCGACACAUUGUGUUAAGAUGGCGGUUGUAUCCCAUCUGUCUAACGGCCGAUAUCAUUAAAAUGUAUCGGCAAGUCAGAGUGGCAGACAAACAUACGGAUUAUCAAAGAAUCUUAUGGAGACUAGAUCCUAAUGGUGAGAUUGAAGAUUACCGUUUGUUGACAGUAACAUUCGGCACUGCUAGUGCUCCAUAUUUAGCAGUCAAAGCGUUGCAGCAAACUGCUGUAGACGAAGGCCACAAAUAUCCGUUGGCUGCUGAAAGAGCAAAAUCCGAUUUCUACAUGGAUGACUUGAUGCCUGGCUGCCAUUCUGAAACUGAAGCGAUAGAAAUAUAUCGACAAAUGAAUGAAAUGCUGAAAAAAGGGGGGAAGGAUGAUGUUCUUAUGGAACUCCAUGGUUUUAGCGACGCCUCCAAUGUGGCAUAUGCUGCUGUGGUAUAUGCGCGAAUCAUUGAUGCCGAUGGUAACAUCCAUACACAAUUGGUGACGGCUAAAACCAAGGUAGCACCCAUUAAACAAGUUUCAGUACCCAGGCUGGAACUUUGCGGUGCAGUGCUGGUGGCCAAGCUACUAGAAGAAGUUGCCGAGGUGCUGAACAUAGACCGUAAGUGUUUCAGAGCUUGGACAGACUCCACUGUUGUCUUGGCAUGGCUGUGUGCGCAUCCAGGGCGCUGGAAAACUAUCGUUGCUAACCGAACAGUUGAGAUCUUGAGCAAGUUAGAUUCUCAACAAUGGUCGUAUGUUCAGUCCAAACAAAAUCCAGCCGACUGUGCUUCACGAGGGGUACCUGCGUCCGCUUUAGUAGAUAAUCAGCUGUGGAUGCAAGGGCCAGAAUGGUUGCGAUGCGAAACCAUAAUCUAUUCCAAACCUUCUUCCAUCGCUACUAAGACCGAUUUGGAGGAAAGAUCCAUAAAGGCACACACGACAACGACUGGAUCUGAUGACUCGCAGUGGUGGUCUAGAUUCUCAUCCUUGGGACGUCUUGUUCGAGUGGUAGCUUACUGUCGAAGGUUCUUACAGCUAAGAAUCAAACCUAAAUCAAAAUUCGGUCCAUACCUGUCUCCAACGGAGAUAGAAGCUUCUCUGAUGUGCUGCAUACGCCAGUGUCAGAGAGAGUUCAGCAAAGAGAUACAGCUUUUAUCCAACAAGGAAUACUUGUCUACGAAGAACUAA